UUAUCUUUGAAGACUUACAUGGAAAAUAGAGAUAACAACAAAUAUAUCAAAAGGAACCGCGUGGCGUGGAAAGUACGGCUCGAUCUUCCUCUGUUUCAAUAAAAGGCGGAACUAUUUAUGCAGACGAUCAUCGUGAUCUCUAGAUUAUUAGAUAUCGCACUCUGAAAAUUUCAAAAAUCAAAAUCAAAUCUCUUCCUUCGUCUCAGGUCAAUCGUCAAGAAUCAGAAAACCCUUAAGCUUCUUGUGUUUGACUACUCUUGAGAUCAAAGUUUGAAAGAAAAAAAUGGGAGAUGAUCAGAAUAAUCACAAUGACAAAGGAAUCUUUCACCACUUAGCUGGAUUUGCAGCUGGACAAUACCGACCUCACGGCCAUCAUGGUUAUGGUCAUCACGGAGCUCCUUAUCCAUACCCUCCCCCUCCUCCUCCUCAUGGCUAUCCUCCAGCUGCUUAUCCUCCUCACGGUGGUUACCCUCCAGCCGGUUACCCUCCUGCUGGUUACCCUCCUGCUGGUUAUCCACCUCACGGUUAUCCCGGUCCAUCUCACUCUGGACAACACCACGGAGGUAUAGGAGGGAUGUUAGCGGGUGGAGCGGCUAUGGCAGCUGCGGCAGCUGGUGCUCACCAUAUGUCUCACCACGGACACUAUGGCCACCACCACGGUCACGGCUAUGGCUACGGGUAUCACGGUCACGGUAAGUUCAAACACGGCAAGUUCAAGCACGGUAAACAUGGCAUGUUUGGGAAGCACAAGGGGAAAUUCUUCAAGAAAUGGAAGUGAUUUUUUUCCAAAAAGAUUCAUCUUAUUCAUGAUACAUUAUAUCAUCAUUAUGUAAUAACAACAUAUAUUGACUUCUCCGAGGAAUUUACAUGGUUAUUGUGAGCCUUAACUUCCAAGAGCUUAAACCGUAGUUGUAACAUCCCGAUCCCCCGGCGUCCGACCGGGGUUCAGCAACCGGGUGUUACGGACACGUGUCUACUCAACUAGACAACCCUACGUGUCCUUACUGGUCCCAGGAGUCGGCGGACGCAUCUUUAAUGAAAUUCGAUCCACCCAUAUCCACAUACUUCUACAUACAGUCCUGCGCAUAGGGAAAACGG